AUGAUCUCUACUACAACUUUGUUGCCGGAUACAGUCCCGGAAAUACCAAUUCUAGACGACCAUGAUGUGUUAAAAGAGCAGCAGGAAACUUCGGAGGACUCAUUAGCCCUGGAAGAUGAGACCGACCAGCAUCCUCUUGGAGUGCGACCGGCAGGAAAUGCCCUGACCUCGACUGAGAAUGCCCAGAAAUACAUGGGAUCCUUUGGUCAGCUGCCAGACAGCCUACUGUUGAUGUUAUUGGAAUUCCUGGAUGAGUCAUCCCUGGUCGCGUUGGGCAGCACUUGUCGCGGCCUCUACGCAUACUCGACAUUUGACCAAUUAUGGCGAGAUUUUGCAAUCAACGACCAAAAAGAUGACUUCUCGUGGCGUGGAAGUUGGAGAGCAUCGGUGAGACGGCUUCCCAAUCCAAAGCUUGCGAGUGUGGACUGCCGACAUCUGUACUCUGAUGCCUUGCAUCGGCCGUUUCUCUGUUCACAAAUCUCUCUUAAACCCUAUGUUUCCAGCAUACCCAGACACAACGAGAUACCAAGGGUAAAGGAUCUGUCCGCCUCCGAGUUUGAUAGCGCAUGGGUUGAUCGGCCCUUCAUUCUAACAGAACCUGUGAAGAAAUGGCAGGCCUACAAAGAAUGGGAUCAGGAUUAUCUGCUCGCCAGAUACGGGAAAACAUCCUUUCGUGCAGAGGCGGUGGAUUGGCCCUUCGAGAAGUAUUCGGCAUACAUGGCCACCACAAAGGACGAAAGCCCGCUGUAUCUGUUUGACAGGGCAUUCGUUGAGAAAAUGAACCUGGAAGUAGAUGUCGAGGAGGCCUAUCUUCCACCGGACGCCUUCCAAAACGACUUAUUCACGUUGCUCAGAGAACAAAGACCAGAUCACAGAUGGCUGAUUAUUGGACCCGAAAGGAGUGGAAGUACUUUUCACAAGGACCCCAAUGCCACCAGCGCCUGGAAUGCGAUAAUUCGAGGCUCGAAAUAUUGGAUUAUGUUUCCGAGUGAUGUGCUGCCGCCGGGUGUCUAUAUGAGCGAGGAUCAAAGCGAAGUGACCUCGCCUCUAAGUAUUGGGGAGUGGCUGUUAACCUUCCAUGCCGAGGCACGCAGCACAUCUGGCUGUCUAGAAGGUAUAUGCCGAGAGGGAGAAGUCUUACAUGUCCCUUCUGGAUGGUGGCAUCUCGUGGUCAAUCUCAGCCCAGCCAUCGCCAUCACUCAGAAUUUCGUUCCUCGAGCCCAUCUUCGAUCUACCGUCAAAUUCCUCCGGAACAAGGCUGAUCAGGUCUCUGGUUUCAAAGACAAUGUUGCCGACCCACACGCACUCUUUAUGGACCGCUUACGGGAAGCGCACCCUGAGCUCGCGGCCUCUGUUGCAGAAGUCAAAAAGAGGAAGUGGGAGGAACUGGUAAAUGAUGCAAGCCAGGCUGUACAAGACUCGGGUGGUUUCAGCUUCGGGUUUGCCGAUGAUAUAGAGGAAGACAGUCGAUGA